UAUGACACUACCCCACGAACUCAGCGAUUUCCGUUUCAAAAUUUACGCACCAAUGGCGUUUAGAUAUUUCAGAAAAUUGUUUAAAAUUGACCCAAAAGACUUUCUCGUUUCUCUAACAUCUCAACAACUAAAGGAAUUGUCGAAUCCUGGUGCUAGUGGCUCUAUAUUCUACAUUACUCACGACGACGAAUUUAUCAUUAAAACAGUACAACAUAAGGAGGCAGAUUUUUUACAAAAACUUUUACCUGGCUACUUUAUGAAUAUAAGUCAAAAUCCUAGGACUCUAUUGCCGAAAUUUUAUGGUCUAUACUGUUAUCAGUGUGGUGGUAAGAACAUACGAUUUUGCGUUAUGAACAAUUUGUUACCAUCGGGUAUAAAAUUGCACGAAAAGUACGAUUUAAAGGGUUCAACUUAUAGAAGGAAAGCAUCCAAGGAGGAGAGGGCAAAAAAGUGUCCUACCUUAAAAGAUUUAGAUUUCACUGAUAAUCAUCAAAAAGGUUUAAAAUUGGAGGCAGAAACUUACAAUGCUCUCCUGAAAACAAUAAGUAGAGAUGUGAGAGUUUUAGCAUCGUUUAAGAUAAUGGACUACUCUUUAUUGGUUGGUAUCCAUAACUUGGAUGAAGCCAGAGAGGAGAGAGAAGCUGAGAGAGCAAAAAUAGGUAAAGAGAUUGUAGAAGAUGCAACUUGCUUAUCAGAAAGUCAGCACACGUUACAUAAUCAAAGUUCUGUCGAUGGAACAGGCUUAAAUAGGGGAAGGCCUACAAAGAGAAUAGCGAAUUGGUCAACAGCUAUGGAACAAAUCGAAGCAACUGUUGAACCAGUUGAGUUAGAAAAUGAUAAUAUUCCACCUGGUGGCAUACCGGCGAGAAAUGACAAUGGCCAACGACUGCUACUCUAUAUUGGAAUUAUCGAUAUUCUUCAGCACUACCGGUUAAAAAAGAAGUUAGAACAUGGUAUUAAAAGUCUUCUGGCUGAUGGAGAUACUAUAUCAGUAGUUAAUCCUACAUUUUAUGCGGAACGAUUCGAGUCGUUCUUUAGGGAUAAGGUCUUCAAAAAGACAGCUUCAUCUAUGCGACAAUCUCCAUCGAAAAAGAAAACGGGUAAACUUAGAUCGAAUUCUACCGAUGCAGUGGAGGAGACUCAGCGUGCGGCCGGAAGUGGUUCAACCACAGCUCUUGUUCAUUCCGAAACUAUAACUAGUCAUCGUCCUGAUUUGGUAACAGAUUUACAUGACGUCCAACCAUCAACGCCUGUCAGGCGGGAGGAAAGAAUAAUUUCACAAUGGCAGAGAAGUGUAGCAACUCGUAUUGACUCAUCAGAAACUUAUACAACUUCAGUAAAAGGAGAAUCCAGUGUUUCCGUGGCAGUGAAAGAAAGCGAAACUACUUUGGACGAUGUGAAUGUCACCGUAGACACACCAAAUCACGAACAGGAAGAAGACGACAAAUCCGAAGUGGUGAGUGACAAAGAGCUUGCUGUGGUGACGCCUCCUUAA